GUCGGCACUGCACCCCACUCCCCCUCCACGUGCUUCGUUCCGACGAUAUUUGCAACCGCGCCACCACUCAAAUAUCUCCACGUGUCCCCAGAAUUCUUAACUUAAAAGGCUCUCCUCUUUUUUUUCCCUCCUCCCCCUUCUACGCGGUCUCUUAAUUAUAUUCUCGCAAUAACUGAAACAGAGUCAUCAGAGACUUUUAUCCACAAAAUUUUGGAGGUGAUUAUUGAAGAAUCACGGGAUUGGGAUAUGCAUUGAUAAUUGUUUUAGGGGCAAGAGAUGAAAAUCUCUGCUCUUCUGACAUCUGCGGGGAUAAAUAUAGGCAUUUGUGUGCUGCUGUUGUCGUUGUAUUCUGUGUUGAGAAAGCAGCCGGGCAAUGUUAGUGUUUACUUUGGGCGGAAACUUGCGCAAGAGCAAAAUCGGUCUUUGGAUUCAUUCAGUUUGGAGAGAUUUGUGCCGUCGCCUGGUUGGAUAGUGAAGGCUUGGAAAACGUCAGAUGAGGAGCUACUGGCUUCUGCUGGUUUGGAUGCAGUGGCCUUUGUUAGGAUGCUUGUUUUCAGUAUUCGUAUCUUCUCCAUAGCAGCUGUUGUUUGUGUUCUUGGAAUACUCCCGCUGAAUUAUUACGGACAGUAUAUGAAUCAUGUGGAAAUCCCGUCAGAGUCAUUAGAUGUUUUUACUAUUGCAAAUGUGGCAGAAGGAUCUCAAUGGCUUUGGGUCCACUGCCUUGCGUUAUACAUCAUAUCUUGUUCAGCUUGCAUUCUGCUUUACUAUGAGUACAGGAGAAUUGCUAGAAUGAGACUCAUUCAUAUUACUCAAUCUCCUCCCAGUCCUUGCCAUUUUACGGUUCUUGUCAGAUCUAUUCCAUGGUCAGAUGAGAGAUCACUCAGUGAUACUGUCAAGAGUUUUUUCAUGAAAUAUCAUGCAUCUGGUUAUUUAUCUCAUCAAAUGAUAUAUCGAGUUGGAAAGGUGCAGAAACUUAUGAAUAAAGCAGAAAAGGUAUAUAAGAAGAUAUGGCUGAACGCUAUUGCGAUGGAGAAAAAAUGCAGUCCUCUGAAAUACAAAUGUGGUCUCUGUGCAGGAGCAACUAAUUCACCGCAGUUAUACCAUAAUAAUCUUGGUGCCAAAAACAUGAGCCUUGAUCAAUCAGAUUCAAGUCCAAAACUAAAGGAAUGUGCUGCUGCUUUUGUCUUUUUCAAGACUCGUUAUGCUGCAGUUAUUGCUUCAGAAGUUCUUCAAUCAUCAAACCCCAUGUCUUGGGUCACUGACUUGGCUCCCGAACCCCAUGAUGUUUAUUGGUCAAAUCUUAGGAUACCAUUCAGACAACUUUGGUUUCGCCGAAUAGCCACUCUUUUUGGUAGCAUUGUUUUUUUGUUGUUGUUUUUAAUCCCAGUCACGUUCGUUCAAGGGCUUUCUCAACUGGAUCAAUUGCAUAAGACAUUCCCAUUUCUAAAGGGUAUAUUAAAGAAGAGGAGAUUUAUGAGCCAGAUAGUAACGGGCUAUCUCCCCAGUGUCAUUUUUGUGUUAUUUCUUUAUAUUGUCCCUCCAGUGAUGAUGCUAUUUUCUACUGUGGAAGGAUCUAUAUCUCGCAGUGGCAGGAAAAGAAGUGCUUGUUACAAGGUCUUGUAUUUUACUAUCUGGAAUGUGUUUUUUGCCAAUGUUUUGUCUGGAUCUGUCAUCAGCCAGAUAAACACCAUAUCAAGCCCGAAAGAAAUACCUUCACAGCUUGCCAAAGCUGUACCCAGGCAGGCUACCUUUUUCAUUACUUAUGUUCUGACCUCAGGAUGGGCAAGUUUGUCAUCGGAAAUAAUUCUACUCUUUGGCCUGGUAUGGAACUUAAUAAGGAGAUACAUAUUGGGCAGGAAGGAUGAGUCAACUUCUGUUCCAUCAUUUCCUUAUCACACUGAAGUUCCAAGGGUCCUCCUGUUUGGGCUACUUGGCUUCACCUGCGCAAUAUUGGCACCUCUAAUAUUACCUUUUUUGCUGGUAUACUUCUUGCUCGGCUAUGUUGUGUAUCGUAACCAGAUCCUUAAUGUGUACAUCCCAAAGUACGAGACGGGGGGCCAAAUGUGGCCUAUUGCACACAACACCACAAUCUUCUCUUUGUUGUUGGCACAGAUAAUAGCGCUGGGUGUUUUUGGGCUAAAGAAAUCACCAGUUGCAUCUGGAUUUGUCAUCCCUCUUCUGCUAUUUACACUCCUCUUCAAUGAGUACUGCAGGAAGCGGUUUCGUCCUAUUUUUGAUAGUUUCUCUGCACAGGAUCUUAUUGAGAUGGACAAAGCAGACGAGAAAUAUGGGAGGAUGGAGGGAAUUCACCAGCAACUGCAAUCAGCCUACUGCCAAUUCUCACCUGUCGCUGUAAGCUCAGCUGAAAACGGUUCUUCAGUUUCCCAAGAAGUUGAUGCCAAAGGUUGUUCCAAAGAAUUGAAAGAUGAAUUACACCACCCUACCCUCAGUUGUAUCCCUGCCCCGAGGUUAGAGCAAGUCGUAUCAUCAGUAAGAUUGCUUGCAACAGCGCGCAGUAAAAAGGCCUCAUCAUUAUAGUUGAGAUUUCUUAUUUAUUUGUUUGAUUGAUGUGUGUAGAGUCCCUUGUACAUAUAUAUCGAUCAUUUGUUUUGAUCAAGGCAUUUUCUUUGCCAUUAAACUUGUACUAUAUGUAUAUGAUUGGAAGUGUGAGAUAGUCAUACUAGGGUUGGACAAUUUGCAAGGAUGCUUUCAACUCGGUAUCUAAUUACCUAUCCACACAUUAUACGUAAAUAAAUGUCAUAGCCAAAGUGAUUGAGCUCUA